AUGCAACAUGAAAUUGAACAUAUUUUAUUAGAGAAUUAUCCUAAUCCACCACCACCUGGAUUUCCAUAUCCACCAUUACCACAAAUAAUUCAUAUAAAUAACAAUGAAUCGAAUAAAGAAUGUAGUAUUGAAAAAUAUUAUAUGACCGGAUCAAAUACAAAUUUGGAUGAUAUCGACAAACUUGAAACAGAAAGUGUUGAUUUAAAUGAACGCACAGCAUAUGUCAUUUCAAUUCAUGAACCAACUGAAUAUUUAGUUGAACAAGAAGAAGAAUAUCGAAAUGUUGAAAUAGAAAAAAGACAUGUAGAAAUUUCAGAAUAUGAAGAACCUCAAAAAGGUAUUGUAAUUAUAGAAGAAAUCAAUGAAAAAUUAAAUGAUACGCCUGCAUUUUUAAUUGAAAAUAACGAAGUUGAAGAAAAAAUUGAACGUGAAAUAGCUCAAGUAGGUCCAGUUAUUGAACAUAAAUUUUUAGAGUAUCCUCAUCUCCCACCCACUGGAUUAUAUCAUGUUUCUAUUCCAAAAAUUGUGUCAGAAAAUUCAAUUAUUAUUAUUGGACAAAAUCGCUUAGAAGAAUCCGAUAAUGAUUUGCCAAUUUUGAAAAAAGAAGGUGAUCAAAUAAAAAUUGAAAAAGAAGCAGAAAAAGAAGAAAUUGAAGAAAAGAAAGUUAAUGGUACGACAGAAUCAAAUUCUUUAGAUGAAACUAGUACUAUAGGGGAAGACAUCAAAGACUUGCGUAGAGAAAUCGAAACACAUACAUCAUCGGGACAAACUUUAAGUCAAACAAUAAUAACAACACAACCAAAAAAUGAUAAAGAUCAAUCAAUAAAAAGAUUUUCACAAAAAACCAUUCAAGAAGAAGAAGUUGAACAGAAACGCAUCAAAACGACAAUAUGCUGUUGCAUAAAAUGUUAAUCUUAUCUUAGCUGUUAUCAAAUUUUUUAAAUUGCAAGCAAUUUCUCAUUAUUUUGCUUAAAAACUAAAUAGAAUUUUUUAGAAAAUUUUACUAACCUGCUAUUUUAAUUGUUAUAAGCAUCAAAUUCACA